UUAAUGACACCAAUGUUGGAAUGAUGACGUACCCAUGGUUAUCGUCUGGAGCUUUAUUCUCUGGAAGUGGGAUGUUUUCUGGAAGUAUUUUUCCCGAAACGAAAAAUGUUAGAUUUCCAACUCCAGGAACUACUAAUCCUGAGGUGGAGUUGUGGGCUGUUGACAUAACUAAUGUGAGCGACAUUAAAAAAUUUAGCAUUAAACCUCCUGCCUCUAUUUAUGGACAAGACUAUUACCUCACAUCAGCAGGUUGGAUACCUGGUACCAAUUGCCAAGUAUCGGUAGUCUAUAUGGGAAGAUCUCAAAAUUACAGUGUUAUUUCAUUGUGUUCUAAAGUGGAAAACUGGAAUUGUUUGGAAGUUCACUCUGAACGUGCUCCCGAAGAUGAAUGGUUGGAUAUCUUUCCCCACCCGGUAUUUUCUUCAGAUGGUAGUAGUUUCUUAUUUUUGGCUAAUAUUCAGGAGUCCGAAAACUACCAAUUUAGACAUAUUAAACAUGUAACGAUAUCACAGCGAAGAAUUUCUGUUAUUUCUCAUGGUCGAUAUGAAGUGACCAAAAUUUUGUGUUGGGAUACAAUUAACCACAAAGUAUAUUUUUUGGCUACUCAAGACAAAAAACCUGGGCAACGGCACUUGUAUUCUGUUCAAGAUCCAAUACAUGAUGAUAUAAGAAAAAUUGAACCACAAUGCAUAACAUGUGAUUUGGGUGAGGAUCUUUGGAGUAGUCGAUACUAUUAUACAAACUGCACACAUUUUGAAGCCUUCAUAACACCAACAUUAGGUGUUGCAACGAACUAUGGAAUUGAGUUUUACAUUUUGGAAUGCCAAGGUCCAGGAUUACCUGUAUCAGGAGUACAUAUGCAGACUACUCACGGUUUAGUCAAAAUUUUGUAUGAUACACGGCCAUUUUAUACAGAGAAGUUGCAAAAGCUGGCUUUACCAACCCAGCGAUCUUUUGAAGUGGCAUUACCCCAUGGAGGACGCGCUCAAGUUCAAUUAUUACUUCCUCCCAGCUGGAGAGAGGAGUUACGUGAUGCUGCUUUCCCAGUUAUUGUUGAAGUCGGACAUAACGGAUUUGAGGGUCAAUUAUAG